AUGCCAGUCGCCGAUACCGAUAUCUCAGCCGUUGGGGCGCUGAACCCUGUUGAGGGCCAAGUCGUUGCCGUACCCACACACCAGGAAAUUGACGAGAAACUUCGCAUCUCGGCCGAUAAUCGAGAGGUCUCUAAAGAUCCGCUAGAUAUUGAGAUGAAAGAGUUGUCUGAUAACGGUAGAGAUGACAAGAGUGACGAUAUCAUUAUUGUUACCGGUGCGGAUGCAGCUGCGCACUUGUUGCCUAUGAGAGAUGAUGGAGAGCCUGCUUUAAGUUUCCGUAGCAUUGUGCUAGCUACUGUGCUUUCAGGGUUUCAAGCAGUCAUGUACCAGAUUUAUUCGUUCAAACCAACCUCCCAAGGUGUCAUCCAAGGUACUUUCAUCGUUCUUAUUGCCUACUUCUUAGGUAAGGCAUGGGCAAAUGUAUUUCCCCGCGGCGACAAACUUGAAGCUCGAUGGAGAGAAAGAGGUGGACAGGGUAAACCGCCAAUGUAUAUUCGCAUUGUCUCAUUCUUCAACUAUGGACCAUGGAAUCUUAAAGAACACGCUAUUUGCGCCAUCACCGCUACAUCGGCCUCCAAUGCCGCCGAAACCAUCACAGUUUUUGCGGCUCAAGAUCUCUUUUAUGGCAUACCUCUCAGCGCUACCACCGUCAUCUUAGCAGUAAUUUCCAUCGGUCUCUUUGGAUACGGUCUUUGCGGCAUGCUUCGCCCCAUCAUGGUUUGGCAUCCAGAAUCCGUAUACUGGAGUACAUUACCCACAGUGAAAACCCUACAAGGACUUCACUGGCAAGAUUUGAAACAUUCCAAACCUCUCAGAUACUUCUGGUAUGCGUUUGCAAGCAUGUCCGCCUACGAGUUCCUUCCAGCUUAUAUUUUCCCAUGGUUGAAUUCUGUUUCCAUUCCUUGUCUGGCUGCUAUGAAUGCCACAGGUAGCAAAGCAAGUACACUUACCAAUAUAUUUGGAGGUGCGACGAAUAAUGAAGGCCUGGGACUCUUCUCGCUUUCGUUUGAUUGGCAAUAUAUUACAUCUUUCAACACUUCCCUUCCACUUAAGACACAAGCCCAUAGUGUUGCAGGAUACAUCGUCUGUUUCGCCGCCAUGCUCGGUAUCUACUAUACCAAUGCAUGGGAUUCAAAAGCGCAACCCUUCAUGUCAACACAACUUCGCUCCGAAAAUGGCUCGAGAUAUCCAACUGGACAAGUCUUCUCCGAUGGUAUACUAAAUCAGACGGCUUUGGAAGAAUAUGGUAAUCCUAGUCUGACUGGAAGUUUUGCCUAUGCUAUGUUCAUGGCAAAUGCUGCUAUCGGUGCUCUAAUCACUCAUUGUUUUGUGUUCUGGGGUGGGGAUGUCGUCCGGGCAUUCAAAAGCGCAAAGGCAGGAACAUACGAAGAUCCACAUCAUGCGCACAUGGCCAAACACUACAAAGAGGCUCCUUGGUGGUGGUAUAUUGGGAUCUUGAUCCUCAGCUUUGUUCUCGGUCUUGUGGUCGUUAUCAAGGAGAAUAUCACUCUUCCCGUUUGGGCGUAUAUUGUUGCAUUACUGCUGGGAUGUUUCAUUGCUCCUUUGAGUAAUCUUCUAUAUGCUCGCUAUGGAAAUGGUAUCGCCACAAAUAACCUAAGUAAGAUGUUGGCAGGUCUAAUGCUUCCUGGACGCCCUGUCGGUAACAUGUACUUUGCUGCUUGGUCGCAUAAUGUCAUCGCCAACACUGUCAAUCUUUCGAAUGAUCUCAAGUUGGGCGAAUACCUCAAAAUUCCUCCUCGUACCAUGUUCCUUACCCAAAUAUACGGUACCGUUCUGGGGGGUUUUGUCAAUUACGUCGUCAUGAUAUCGAUCAUAAACUCCAACCGCGAACUUCUUGCCACCGGAAAUGGUAAUAGUUCCUGGAGUGGUGCCUCAAUUCAGGCUUUCAACACCAAUGCAGCUUCGUGGGCACUGGCAAAGGAACUCUACAAAUCGGGAGCCAAAUAUUCAAUCGUACCCUUAGGUCUAGUUAUUGGCGCCGCGUUUGUCUUGGCACAUCGUAUUGUCGUAUUUUUCAUCCCCAAAAUCCGAGGCUUUGCCCUGACCGAAAUCAAUAUGCCUCAAUUCAUCCAAUAUGCCGGCUACAUUCCCUACAAUCAAUCACAAACCUGUGUGAUUUUCAGCCAAGUAAUCGCUGGAUUCUUCACCCAAUUCUAUCUCCGCAAUUAUCGUCCGAGUAUUUUCAAGAAUUAUUCGUAUUUGAUUACUGGAGCUUGGGACGGUGCUAGUUACACUGUUUUGUUCAUCUUAUCGUUCGCUGUCUUCGGAGCCGGUGGCUUCGCGGCGCCGUUUCCACAGUGGUGGGGUAAUAACUUCAAUGGGAAUUACGACCAUUGUCCUAUUGCUGAAUAA